AUGAUAAGCCCACUCCAUGAGUUUUUAGGAGUGUGGAUGAAGUUUACUAUAGAAUCGCAGAAAAAAGUAAAUAAAUUGGCCUUUGUUGCUGGGAUUUGCCCAACUGUUGGUGUUGGUGGACACUUUGUUGGUGGAGGCUAUGGCAUGAUGUCACGAAAAUUUGGUAUAUGGAAACUAUUCAACCAAUUAGUAGGCGAAAACUCGGGUGCUGAAGUACAGUUUAGUCCUUAUGGUGGAAAGUUGAGUGACAUCUCAGAAUCUGAAACUCCUUUCCCUCAUAGAGCUGGAAAUAUAUUCAUGAUUGAGUAUGCGGUGUAUUGGGGAAACAUUGAAAAUUCUCAAAGAAACGUAGCUUGGAGUCAAAAAUUUUACGUAUACAUGGUUAAGUAUGUAUCAAAAUCUCCUAGAGCUACUGAUUUCAAUUAUAGAGAUCUUGAUUUAGAUGUGAACAAUGUUAAUGGAAGCACAAGCUAUACACAGGCAAGAAUUUGGGGAGAGAGAUAUUUCAAGAACAACUUUGAUAGAUUGGUGCAAGUUAAGACUAAAAUUGAUCCAACAAAUUUCUUUAGAAAUGAACAAAGCAUUCCUCCUCUAUUAUCUCAAGUUUUCAACUUAAUUCGAAGUGGUGGACAUGACUAUGAGGGCCUUUCACACAUUUCGGAGACACCCUUUUUCAUAAUUGAUCUUAGGAACCUAAGAUCAAUAUCCAUUGAUACCCAAAACAAGACUGCUUGGAUUCAAGCUGGCGCGACCCUAGGGGAAGUUUACUAUAGAAUCGCUCAAAAGAGUAAAAAUUUGGCCGUAGUUUCUGGGGUUUGCCCAACAGUUGGUGUUGGUGGACACUUUAGUGGUGGAGGGUAUGACAUGAUGUCACGAAAGUUCGGUAUUGCUGCUGAUAACAUCAUUGAUGCAAAAUUGAUCGAUGCUAAUGGACGAAUCAAGGAUCGAGAAUCAACGGGUGAGGAUCACUUUUGGGCUAUUAAAGGAGGUGGAGGGACUAGUGUUUUAUUUAAAAAGAUAUAUUUUGGUCUCAUUAUCUCAUGGAAGGUGAAACUAGUCGACAUUCCUGAAAAGGUGACCGUGUUCAACGUGACACGAAGAUUGGAACAAAAUGUAACUCAACUAGUCUACAAAUGGCAACAUAUCGCGAACAAAGUUGAUGACAAUCUCCUCCUCAGGAUGUUCCUGAGGAGCAAUAUUGAAUUUCCAUUCAGGCAUGGACAAAGGAUUGUCCACACCUUUUUCACUACAAUGUUUGUUGGAGGAGUAGAUGAACUCCUCCACGAAAUGCAAAAGAGCUUCCCAGAACUAGGGUUAGUGAAAGAAGAUUGCAUUGAGAUGAGUUGGAUCGAAUCUGUACUCUUCUUUGCGGGUUUCCCUAGGGGCACAUCACUUGAUGUGCUACUAGAUUGGAAUAGCACAACUAAUCAAGAGUACUAUUUCAAAGGGAAAUCAGACUAUGUCCAACACCCAAUUUCUAUAAAUGGCCUUGAAGGUAUAUGGAAACAAUUGAAGAUUGGUGAAAGUGAAGACAAAAAUUGA